CGGCUUCUGUUAGUGUGACGUCAGGGCAGUCUGCUGCAGGUCAGGAAAGAUGGCGGCGGAGGAGAGCAGGUUGAAGCAGCGGAAUCACACCAACAGCGUCUUCACAGAAGGUGGGCGCAGCUUUAAAUCCGACACAUCCCAGAAGAUGCAUGAGGAGGAGGAGGACCUGCUGGAGGAGGAAGAGGUGGGCGUGGCCCGGCCGGUGCAGAUCGUGGUGGCGGAUGAGGAGGAACACUCGUUCUCGCUGCAGGAGGAGGCGCUGGAGCGGCUGCUGCUGAAGGAGGAGGUGCAGGACCUCCACGUGGUCGUGGUCUCCGUGGCCGGAGCUUUCCGAAAGGGCAAGUCCUUCCUGCUGGACUUCAUGCUGCGCUACAUGUACAAACAGUCGGAGUCGUGGGUCGGCGGCGAGGAGGAGCCUCUGACCGGCUUCACCUGGCGAGGCGGCUGUGAGCGGGAGACCACGGGCAUCCUGGCCUGGAGCGAGGUGUUCGUGGUGGAGAAACCAGACGGCUGCAAGGUUGCAGUUCUACUAAUCGACACACAGGGGGCGUUUGACAGCCAGUCCACCAUCAAAGACUGCGCCACGCUGUUCGCCCUGAGCACCAUGACCAGCUCAGUCCAGGUGUACAACCUGUCCCAGAACGUCCAGGAAGACGACCUCCAGCACCUCCAGCUCUUCACGGAGUACGGACGGCUGGCCAUGGAGGAAGUCUACGAGAAACCCUUUCAGACUCUGAUGUUCCUGAUCAGAGACUGGAGUUAUCCUUACGAACACCCGUACGGUCUGGAGGGCGGACAGAGCUUCCUGGAGAAACGGCUGCAGGUGAAGCAGAACCAACACGAGGAGCUGCAGAACGUCAGGAAACACAUCCACUCCUGCUUCUCCAACAUCGGCUGCUUCCUGCUGCCUCACCCCGGCCUCAGGGUGGCCACCAACCCGCACUUUGACGGGCGGCUGAGCGAUAUCGAUGAGGACUUUAAGGAGCAGCUGGUGAAGCUCGUCCCCACGCUGCUCUCUCCAGAGAACCUGGUGGAGAAAGAGAUCGGAGGAGAGAAAAUCACCUGCAGAGACCUGCUGCAGUAUUUCAAGGCGUACAUGAAAAUCUACCAGGGGGAGGAGCUUCCUCACCCAAAGUCCAUGCUGCAGGCAACAGCUGAAGCUAAUAACCUUGCAGCUGUAGCAGGAGCCAAAGACUCGUACCACAGAAGUAUGGAGCAGGUCUGCGGCGGAGACAAACCCUACAUUUCCCCAGCGGAGCUGGAGCGACGCCACGCAGAGCUGCGGCAGGCGUCCGUGCGACAUUUCCGCUCCGUUAAGAAGAUGGGCGGCGAGGACUUCUGCCGGCGCUACCAGGAGCAGCUGGAGGCGGAGCUGGACGAGGCUUACGCCAACUUCAGCAAGCACAACGACGGCAAGAACAUCUUCUACGCCGCGAGGACGCCCGCCACGCUGUUCGCCGUCAUGUUCGUCAUGUACGUGGCGUCAAUGGUGACGGGCUUCGUGGGCAUCAACACUGUGGCCACGCUGUGUAACCUGGUGAUGGGCGUGGCUCUGACGGCGCUCUGCAUCUGGGCUUACGCCAAAUAUUCCGGAGAGUUCCGCGAGGUGGGAGGAGCCAUCGACCAGGUGGCUGAAACCCUCUGGGAACAGAGGACUCCACGAAAGGUUUUCUCCAAACUCUUCGAGGUGGCUCGGAGUCGAGUCCCGUUGGGGAGUCUGAUCCCAGCGCCGCGGCCCCGGCUCGCCUCCAACAACAACGUCAAGAAGAAAAACUAGCAGCACGCCACUGCCCCGUCUCGCCCCGCCCCCCCCUCGGUGUGAGACGUGUACAUUUGUUCUCUGGCUGUAGAUGAAGGUUCCUCGCUGUAGGUGUAAGGACUUGCUGUAGACCCGGACGAUGCAGUGUGAUGUAUUUUAUUAUUUGUCAGUGGGCGGGGUUAAGGUAUUUAUUGGUGGGAGGGGCCAUUAUUCUAUCACAUUAAUGAUUCCAGUGUAUGUGAAUGUAUGAGUGCAGAGCAUGACCACAGAUCCCCCCCCCCCCCCCUCCGUCGUCUCCGUAAGGUCGCUGUCUGCCGCCGCAACCAAAGUUUACAGCUUUACUCGUAAAGGCUCUCGGACUGACACACGGGCAGGAAAACUGCGGCUGACGCUCGGUUUUCAGGACUUCAGCGGCCGUUCGGUUUCAGGGAGAUUUUAGUUUUUCUACGUUGAGGGCGUGUCCAGCGGUUGCACGGCUCCGGUUCAGCUCCAGGAUUAAUUGAAGUGGUUUUAUCAGGUAUUAUCUACAGUAGAGGGCCAGACGUAGACAUAGUUACUGACACAAGAUAAAGACUCCCUUAAUAAAAACAGUAAUUUUACCUCAAAGGACAAACAAAUAAACAUAAAACCAAAAAGCUGCAGUUCCACAAACGGCUUCAGGAGUGAGGCAGUCCCCACUGACCUCCAUGUUAAAAUAUAAACAGUUUACAGCCUUUAUAAAGAUAUUAAAUGACGGUUAAAAGACAGCUCCCGUCUUCUCUGAGCAUAAAUUAGUGUUUCUGUCAGUGGAGUCUGGUGGCUUUGAGGAGAGUGUAGAAAACCCUCCCGCUGUGGAAAUCCUCCCAACACAACGUUCACUUUAACUGAUUUGAUUCUUUUACCCACUCUUCAAACGUGGCAGUUUUAGAUUUGUUCUUGUUUUUUCCUGGAGCAGUAAAAUGUCUCAGAACUAUUCGAUGCUUUAAAUACAGAAAUGAAACUUUUAAAUCCGCGAGAUUAAAAAUGUCUCAGCAGGCUUUAGAGCCAAAAUAUUCUUCUAUACGAAGUAUUUUCACUCUGCAUCAAGUAAAUCACAUAAAGUUCCCUGGAAGCAGCGGGUCACUGAGGUCGCCUGCUGAGUCCAUGAUCAUGAUUCUCAGUAUUAACUUUCUUUCUUUUUUCGUGUGUUUCUAGUUUAUUUCACUCCGUAUUAAACGUACGAACAGAUGUGAAUACCGGAGCUGCAACCAUCAGGAAAAUUAAUCAUUUUUUUAUGCCAAAAUGUUAGAAAAUUCUGUUUCCAGCCUCAAAUGUUUCGUCUCGUUCAGCUGAACGUUCUGGACAAAACAUUGAAAGACAUUUUAUUGACCAAAAGAUGAAUCGUUGAUGUUGUUGAUCGUUGUGUGAAGGACGAAAAAUGGCACAAAGUUGAAAUAAACAAAUAAAAAGAUAAA